AUGGGGACUUCAAAGGGGAUUUUUCGUUUAUUCCUGACUAUUUUGGCAAUAGGCACUGUCCUAUGCAGCAUCCAAUUGCUUCUUCCCUUUUAUCCAGCUCUCCUCUCCUGGCCCCGGCCUCUAUCUUCUGAAUCGACAUCAAAAAGGGAUCAUGAAUUGGACGUGUCAAUUCAAUGGAUCACGUCAGCACCUCCAUUUGCUUCCGCUAAUCUCAAAAAAGAUGUAACUCCAAUAAUCAAACACAAGACAACGCUGAUUACAAACAGAGCUUGUUCCAAAUAUUAUUAUCUCAUCAUACUCGUUUCAACUGCUACCGGACACUGGCAACGAAGAAAUCUUAUUCGCAAGACUUGGGCCUUCGAUAGAGACUCUUUGUCACUAUGGACGACAGUUUUUCUUGUCGGUCAGAGCAGAAUACAAGCUGAGUCUGUUGCAUUGUUAAAGGAAGAUAAAGUGCAUGGAGACCUUGUGCGAGCAAACUACUAUGAUCAUUACUGGAAUCAGACCUUCAAGAUACAAAUGGGCUUCGAGUGGGCAUCCAAGUAUUGCAAGUUUGCUUUUCUUUUAAAGACAGACGAUGAUGUGUUUGUGAAUGUUCCGAGAAUUAUCUCCUUUUUGAGAAACCCCACUACACCGAAAGAAAAUCUUUACGCGGGCCGUCAUAGAAGGACCCCUUUGAUUCAGAGACGGGGUAAAUGGAAAAUAACCCGUGAAGAAUAUAACGGUACGUUCUAUCCAGCCUUCUGUCCCGGAUUUGGAUUCAUUUUAUCUGGUGAUGUUAUCCUUUCAUUUGUCGAAGCAUUUUCAUUAGUGCCUCACUUCAGAUUUGACGAUGUAUACGUGGGUAUGCUAGCGAAUCACAUUGGGAUAAAAAUUACUAACAACGAGGGCUUUGAAUUCAGUGAAAAGCCACCUCGAUGUAGACCAAACAACGGCACAUUAGUAAUGCAUGGAAUACUAGGAGAUUGCCUCGUCAAGAUGUUUAAUCGAACCAGCUAUGUGGGAUAUGUGUAAAAUGUAUAAAAAACAAACAACUCGAAGAAAUAUGUUAUUAGAGCAAAGUGUGAUGUGUAUUUUUCAGUUGAACGUAUCAUCUAGGUCU